AUGGACAUGGACACCUCGCACCAGUAUCCAUGGCCGCUCAACUUCUCCCUGGCUCAUCACUGUGAUAUGGAGGAGGAGGAGAGGGGCGCGGCGGCCGAGCUGGCGGCGAUAGCCGGAGCCGCGCAGCCGCCGAAGCUGGAGGACUUUCUUGGAGGGGGCGGCGGCGGCGGCGUCCCGGUUUCUGGACCGGCACAGACGGCGGCCGCUGAGCUGUACGAGUCGGAGCUCAAGUUCUUGGCCGCUGGCUUCCUGAGCGGCGCGGCAGCUGGGGCGGCGCCGGCGCCCUCGCCGCCGGCUGCUCUAGAGCAGAACGACGAUAAGCAGCUGGUCUUGCCGCAGGCCGCGGUGGCGCCGGCGCAGGAGCAGAAGAAGGCGGUGGACUCCUUCGGGCAGAGAACGUCUAUCUACCGCGGCGUUACGCGGCAUCGGUGGACUGGAAGGUACGAGGCGCAUCUGUGGGACAACAGCUGCCGGCGUGAAGGCCAGAGCCGCAAGGGACGACAAGUGUACUUGGGUGGCUAUGAUAAGGAGGAGAAGGCGGCGAGGGCGUAUGAUCUUGCCGCGUUGAAGUACUGGGGUCCUAGCACCACCACCAACUUUCCGGUUGCCGAGUACGAAAAGGAGCUGGAGGAGAUGAAGCACAUGACACGCCAGGAGUUUGUAGCUUCACUUAGGAGGAAGAGCAGUGGAUUCUCUCGUGGUGCUUCUAUAUACAGGGGUGUUACAAGACAUCACCAGCAUGGGAGAUGGCAAGCAAGGAUCGGAAGAGUGGCCGGCAACAAGGAUCUCUACCUUGGAACAUUCGGCACUGAGGAGGAAGCUGCAGAAGCAUACGACAUCGCGGCGAUCAAGUUCCGUGGCCUGAAUGCUGUCACCAACUUCGAGAUCAGCCGGUACAACGUGGAGAGCAUAAUCAACAGCAACCUCCCAAUCGGGAGCAUGGCCGGCAACCGGAGCAGCAAGGCCCUGGAGCUCGCGCCGGCCAGCUCCACCGACGGCACCAUGCCCGGCGCCGCAGAAGCCAGCCACGCCGGCGUCGCGCCGCCGCCGUCGACGCUUGCGUUCACAGCACUUCCCAUGAAGUAUGAUCCAGCGGACUACCUGUCAUUCCUCGCGCUGCAGCAUCACCAGCAAGGAAAUCUUCAGGGGUUAGGCUUCGGCCUCUACAGUUCAGGAGUAAACCUGGAUUUCGCAGGUGCCAAUGGCAAUGGGGCCAUGCCACAUUGCUACACCAAUGUCUCAUUACAUGAGCAGCAGCAGCAGCAAAAUCAGGAGCAAGAUCAGCAGGAUCAGUCGCAAAGCUCCAACAGCUGCAGCUCCAAUAUUCCAUUUGCCACACCUAUAGCUUUCAGUGGGCCAUAUGAAAGCUCCACGACAGCAGCAGCAGCAGCAGCAGCAGCAAGCUCCUUUGGAUACUACCCAAAUGUUGCAGCCUUUCAGACACCAAUCUUUGGAAUGGAAUGAUUUGGGGAGGUGGCACUUUGCAUGCAAAAAAGGAAGGGCCUGAUCCCUGAGAGGUGAUGAGGAUCAAGACUGACAUAGUUCAUUCUCACACAACAACAACAACAACAUAAAGGUCAGGGGAGAAAAAGAGAGGUAAGGUAGAAUGAUAUGAUGCAAACAUAGGAAGCAGCAGCAUGCUGAAGAGAGACACUGACAAGUCAGAGACACUGUGCUAACAAAACGAUGCAGCGCAAGCAUAUUGUUUACCCUUUUUUUUUUUCACCUUUCGUAGCUUUGUUUUCUUGUGCUUUUGUUCAUCGCUGAGCUUUGUUGCCCCCCUCAGCUUCUUUUGAGCUUUUCUCUCUUUCUGCUGACAUGAUUCUGCAAGUGCCAUGAUAGCUUUAGCCCAUGUACAAUGGAAGAAGCAGGGACCUCUCUCUCUGUAGCUUUUGCUCUCUUUUCUUUUCCUCAUUGUUAGAUCGCCUUUAGUCAUGGCCCCUGUUUACUGAACAAGUUGCUGUCCACAAGUAUACAGUACUGCAAUGCAAGCAUU